GGCCCCUCCCCCCCCCCUUACACACACACACACACGCACGCACGCGCGCGUGCGCAGGCGGCGUGCGCGGCCGUGGCGGGGCUGCUGCACUUCGCCUUCCUGGCGGCCUUCUGCUGGAUGUGCCUCGAGGGGCUGCACCUGUACGUGCUGCUCGUGCGCGUGUUCGCGCCCGCGGCGCUCCGCCCCGCGCACCUCCUCCUCGCCGGCUACGGGCCGCCCGCCCUCGUGGUCGCCGCCUCCGCCGCCGCCUUCCCCCGCGGCUACGGCACCGACCGCCACUGCUGGCUCUCGCUGGAGCGCGGUUUCCGCUGGAGUUUCCAGGGGCCCGUCUGCGUCGUCAUCGCGGUGAACGCCGUCAUCUUCGUCGUCACCGUCUGGAAACUGGUGCAGAAAUUCGGUGACGUGAACCCGGACAUGGGGCACCUGCGGAGGAUGAGGGUGCUGACGGUGACGGCGGUGGCGCAGCUCUGCCUGCUGGGCACCACGUGGCUGCUGGGGCUCCUGCAGCUGGGGCCGCGCUCGCUCCCCGUCUCCUACCUCUUCACCGCCCUCAACUGCACCCAGGGCGUCUUCAUCCUCGCGCUGCACUGCCUGGCGCACCGGCAGGUGCGGGACGCCUACCGGGCCUGGCUGUGCCCCCGGCGCCAAGCGCUACGCCGAGUCAGCAGCUCCGGCAGCACCGUCAACACGCGGGUGCCCCGCCAGGAGUCGGGCAUGUAGCCGUGCGAGGCCCCUUGCACGAGGACCGACCGCCCCCCCAAGCUCACGCCAGCACUUUCUGCUUCAGCUGCGGUACAGCCCCAUCGUGGCACCUACCCCCCCCCCCGGCCCCCCCACCCACCCAGGGUGCCCUUUUGGGUGCCUCCGGGGUUGGGGGGGGGGGCGGCGUUUUUGAAAAAUUUCAGUUAAUUAUUAAAGAUGUUUUUUCACAUUUUCACAA